UUUCAGGAUGGGCAGCCUUGUUGGAGGGGGCUUUGGCCUUGAAGUUGGUCUUGGGGGGUUUGGGGCUGUACGCCCUGCUCUCUGCCCUGGGAGCACCCAGGAAGUUGUAACGAACCAAAGCUUGUUGGAGCCUCUGGAUGUGAAGAUUAACCCUGAGGUCCACUAGGUGAAGCAGCAGGACCAAGAACCAAUCAGGGAACUUAACAACAAAUUUGUCUCCUUUAUUGACAAGAUGAGUGUGCGGUUCCUGGAGCAGCAGAAUCAGAUGCUGCAGGCCAAGUGGGUACUGCUGCUGCAGCUGGAUGCCAGCACCCGCACUGCCAGCCUGAAGCCUGUCUUUGAGGGCUACAUCAGCAGCCUGAGGAGGCAGGUGGGCCACUUCACAGCAGAGAAGUCCAGGCAGGAAGCAGAGCUGAAGAACACCCAGGAUUCUGUGGAGGAAUACGGGAAGAGAUAUGAAGCAGAAAUCAACCACCAGACAAAUGCUGAGAACGACUUUGUGUUGCUUAAGAAGGAUGUUGACAGCACCUCCUUGGUCAAGGUGGACCUCAGUGCCAAAGUGGAUGCCCUGCAGCAGCAGAUCAAAUUCCUCCAAGUCCUGAACACCACUGAGCUGGCCCAGGUGCAGCAGAUAGUCAAUGACACCAAGGUGAUCUUCAUGGACAACAACCAACACCUAGACCUGGAUGGCCUCAUCUCUGAGGUUCAAGCCCAGUAUAAGGAGAUCAUCCAGAAGAGCAUGACUGAGACCGAGGCCCUGUACCAGUGCAAAUACCAGGAGCUCCAAGGCACUGCUGGGAGAAAGGGUAAUGACCUCAAAGUGAUUAAGCUGGAGGUCAGUGAGCUGAACAGAGCCAACCAGAGACUUCAAGCUGAAAUCACCAACCUCAAGAAACAGAGUACUAGUCUGCAAAACGCCAUCUUGGAGGCAGAGCAGAAGGGCAAGGUGACCCUUAAAAAUGCCCAGGAGAAGAUGGCUGAGGAGGAUGCUGCCCUGCACCAGACCAAGAAGGAGCUGGCCUGGCUGCUGCAUGAGUAUCAGGUGCUGGUGGGAGCCAAGAUGUCUCUGGACGUGGAGAUCGCCACCUACUGCAAGCUGCUGGAGAGUGAGGAGAGCAGCUGA